AUGGUUCACAUCUGGAAUUUGUUUGCCAAGGCCGGUUCCAUUUGGGUUGUUUGGGUGGAAACAGUGUGGUUAAGAGGGAAAAGCUUUUGGCAAGUCCCUAUACCACAAAAUAGCUCUUGGAGUUGGAGGAAGAUCUUGAAGCUUAGGCUCCUUGCUAGGCCUUUUCUUAGUUUCAAGAUUGGCACUGGCAGUCGGAUCUUCAUGUGGUAUGACUCUUGGCACCCUGCUGGUUGUCUUAUUGAGAAAUAUGGAUUAAGAACUACUUAUGAUGCAGGACAUAACAUUGGACCCAUGCUAUCUUCUAUUAUAAAAAAUGGAGAAUGGCAUUGGAAAUCUGCUCGUUCGGAAAGGUUGGUGGAAAUUCAGUGCAGGCUUCCUGAUAUCUCUAUUGGAAAUAAGGAUACACCUAUUCGGAAGUCCAGUACUGCCAUUCCAAGGCACUCUUUUAUUCUUUGGCUGGCUUUUAGGGAUGGUUUAACUACCAAGUAUAGGAUGAGCUUGUGGGGAUAUACUGGUUCUAUGAUUGUGGAGUUGUUGAUCCUCCUGUCUCCUGGAAUGAUGUGGUUAACUGGUUUAAAGGGGGGAUGA